ACUACCAGCGGGAGGCGCAGCUCGGCCAGGGCUCAGCUUGGCCGCAGCCCCGGGCCAGGGCUCCUGGCUCCCCGCGGGCGUACGGCAGACAGAGCCCUUUGCCAUGAACCAGGCAGCCCCAGGAGUUCCCCCACCACCCCGCCGUGUGAGGUUGAAGCCCUGGCUGGUGGCCCAGGUGAACAGCUGCCAGUACCCAGGACUUCAGUGGGUCAACGGGGAAAGGAGACUCUUCUAUAUCCCCUGGCGUCAUGCCACACGGCACGGUCCCAGCCAGGAUGGAGACAACACCAUCUUCAAGGCCUGGGCUAAAGAGACAGGGAAGUACACAGAGGGGGUGGAUGAGGCUGACCCAGCCAAGUGGAAGGCCAACCUGCGCUGUGCCCUUAACAAAAGUCGUGACUUUCGUCUGUUCUAUGAUGGCCCUCGAGACAUGCCACCACAGCCCUACAAGAUCUACGAGGUCUGCUCCAAUGGCCCUGCUCCCACAGAAUCCCAGCCCACUGAUGAUUACCCUCUGGGAGAGGAGGAGGAGGAGGAAGAGGAAGAGCUCCAGAGAAUGUUACCAGGCCUGAGCAUCACAGAACCCGUACUGCCUGGGCCUCCCAUAGCACCCUAUUCCUUACCCAAAGAAGACAUCAAGUGGCCAUCUGCUCUCCAGCCACCUGUAGGGCUGGGUCCCCCAGCCCCAGAUCCAAAUCUGCUGGCCCCUCCCUCCGGAAAUCCUGCUGGCUUUGGGCAGCUUCUUCCAGAGGUCCUGGAGACUGGACCUCUGGCUCCCAGCCAGCCCCCUACAGAACAACUCUUGCCUGACCUGCUGAUCAGCCCUCACAUGCUGCCUUUGACUGACCUAGAGAUCAAGUUCCAGUACCGGGGCCGACCACCCCGUGCCCUCACCAUCAGCAACCCACAAGGCUGUAGGCUCUUCUAUAGCCAACUAGAGGCCACCCAGGAGCAAGUGGAACUCUUUGGCCCCGUGAGCCUGGAGCAAGUGCGCUUCCCUAGCCCAGAGGACAUCCCCAGUGAUAAGCAGCGUUUCUAUACAAACCAGCUGCUAGAUGUCCUGGACCGUGGACUCAUCCUCCAGCUGCAGGGCCAGGACCUGUACGCCAUCCGUCUAUGCCAGUGUAAGGUGUUCUGGAGUGGGCCCUGCGCCUUAGCCAAUGUCUCACGCCCCAACCCCAUCCAACGGGAAGUCAAGACAAAGCUCUUCAGCCUAGAGCAGUUUCUCAAUGAACUCAUCCUGUUCCAGAAGGGCCAAACCAAUACCCCACCACCUUUUGAGAUCUUUUUUUGCUUUGGAGAAGAAUGGCCUGACCUCAAACCCCGAGAGAAGAAGCUUAUUACUGUACAGGUGGUACCUGUUGCAGCCCGGUUGCUGCUGGAGAUGUUCUCGGGGGAGCUCUCUUGGUCAGCAGACAGUAUACGGCUACAGAUCUCAAACCCUGAUCUCAAGGACCACAUGGUGGAGCAGUUCAAAGAGUUGCAUCACAUCUGGCAGUCCCAGCAGCGGUUGCAGCCUAUGGUCCAGGCCCCUCCUGUGGCAGGCCUUGACACUGGCCAGGGGCCCUGGCCCAUGCAUCCAGUCAGCAUGCAAUAACGAGGCCACAGAUAGUGGCUGACCUGGACUGGUGCAGCUGUGUAGACCGGUAUAGCUAUGUGGAAGCCCCAGCAGGCCUGGCUGGCUGCAUAGUCAGGACAUAGAAGAGAGGCCUGAGGUCACCUCCCUAAAUGUCUUUGAUGUGAGCACUGUCUUCUGGUGCUUUCUCUUACCUGCCUGGUUCUGAAGAAAUGCAGCUAGCAGCCCCAGUGGGAGGGAGGGAACACCACUAGCCUGGGGCCUUCGAUACACAGGUCCAAUUACCCCAGGGUAGCCAAUUUUGAUGGCUGCCCCAAUUCUUUAGUAAAGAGUGCCAAAGAGUGUUGUGGGCCUGAUUUGGAGGUUCCCUAGUUUGAGACAUCCUUCUGACAAGGAAGUCACCAGGCACUUGGGGCUGGUACUUACUCUGCUCCAGAGCUAAGAAGCUGGGGUAGAAAGUAGAAUUUAAUAUAUUUUUGGACUAAUAAAUGUUAAAGGUGGAUUUACCUGUUUCUUCACUGUUCUGUUUCCA